AUGCGGCAAGUGUUCAUAAAAGACGCUAACUAUGCGGCCCAAGAGGAUCGCUAUCUUUUCUCGUUGGUACCAACUUUGUUGAAACCUAAAAGUGUCGGUGAUAUUCGCUUGAGAACCAGCGACCCGCUGGAUUAUCCGCUCAUAGAUCCACGUUAUUACGAGAACGAACAAGACGUUAAAACUAUGGUAGAAGGGAUCAGGCUGGCUAUGAAGAUAACAGAUACGGAUGCAUUCAAGGCUAUCGGCGCAAAAAUGAAUCCCAAUAAUUGGAAUGUACCCGGAUGUACGCAGUACGGGGAAGGUAACAGAUAUCUGGCGUGUGUUGUACGCACCAUCUCCCAAACAAUUUUACAUCCGACGGGAACCUGUAAGAUGGGUGCCAGCACCGAUCCAUCUGCCGUCGUUGAUCCGCAGCUGAGGGUGCGUGGAGUAGAAGGACUGAGGGUCGUGGACGCUUCCAUCAUGCCGGAAAUCACGGCAGGAAACACGCAUGCGCCCGUCAUCAUGAUCGCUGAGAAGGCUGCCGACAUGAUACGUGGCACGCAGAACUGA